CUUCCUUCAAGAUGGAUGUUGCGGCACGGAAAUUAUCUCAUGCCUCGACGGUGAGAUGAAAAGUCGGUAAUACAACUGCAGGCUUACUACUUGACAUGUGGAUAAAGAAAAUUGCCAAUGUGUAAGUGGAGCUCAUUCUCUGACGAGAGAAACUCUUUUCUUAUGAUGAAUCGUUUGCGUGAAUACGAGUUUCGGCCCUUUAACAUGUGUUUCUUUCCAGAUGGGAGAGGUAUAAAGGGAGAGGAAUGUGUCCAUAGUUUCAUGUUGACCAUCCGACAUCUCACUUGCGAUAUCGAUUCCUCCUAACAAACAAUAUGCCAGCUCGUUCAAGUAUAUACAUUGAAUUGUAUACUCCAGCGGCCGAGAAGCCGGAAGCUCUCAGAAUGUCACUACAUACUGGAGGACAUCGACAUGGAGAUGAUACGGAGCCUGUCUAUGAAUCGACUGUGAAGUCAAACAAUGUUCCUCAUGAUAAAGGGGGAAUUGAUACUUCAGCGAAUAAAGUGGGGACGAUACAUUCUUCCAGUCUAGACCAAGAAAAAUCAGUGGAAAUCAGGGGUAGUGCUUGAGACUCGAGCUCGGCCUUGUCGUUCGAUCGUGCCCUAUGCGUGGUGAAGAUGGUGCAGUGGAGCUGGAACCAUACAGUAAUAUGGAUCGAAGGGCGGCUAAAGCUGACUUCAUUAGCUCGAGCUCAAUUAGAGACUCAAGGGACAAUCGAUAUGGAAUGCCGACAGACGAAAGUGAUGGUUUUUGUUUGGUGCAUGAGUGAGCAAAGGAAUUCUCAAUCAUCAGCGCGUGUGAAAAGAGGCAAUAACUCUUCACGUAAGUUGCCAACAAACCACGUACUGAAUCAUGCUUAUUUUCUGUAGGGCUAAUGAUAAGGCCAUGGCCAUGGAUAGAAAAUUUCCAUGAUUCUUGUCGGCUUGGGGUUGAUGGUUAGGGCAUGAAAUGCGGGAAUGGCUGGUUGGUCUUGUUUCCGUUGUCCGGUUAUGAAGCACAGGGUUAUUUCAAGGAUAUUAGGAUCCUUUCAUUUGCAGUACACCGUAUGAAAUAUUUGCUCAUUGCUUAUUGUUCCCUUCGAAGAAACAACCAGUUUGCUUGAUUCGUGAAAUAUCGAGUCGCGAUCCGUUGAUGUGUUGUGAAGUGAAAUUUAUUGUUCGGAUUCGAAUGGAGAAUGCAG